GUUAAUAAGAUCUUGGGUUUCAUUUAUUUUAUUGAAUUAACAUGUCUAUGUAGUGAAAGAUUUGAUCUUGGAUUGAGUGUAAUGUUCAUAAAAAUUGAAUCUUUUUUGCUCAUUUUCAAGCAUUUCAUGUUUGGGAUUACUGUCGGCAAGUGUAUUUUUGUGUGGAGUGGACUAACAAAUGAAGUAUUCUUAACUUAUCUUUAUUGUACUAAGCUUUUACACUGUUCUUUUUUCCUUUCUUGUAUUCUUGGUUGUUAGGUGCAAAAAUUCUUUGGUUUGGUUCUUUUUUUCAUAUUUCUUCCCUAAAUUAUUGACUUUAGUGGCUAAUAGGGCCCUCAUUGGGACAGCAUAAUUUGAUAAAGUUUUGGGCCCUAUAUCAUGUGGAAAAUUUAAAGAUAAAGUGAACAUGUUAUGUUACUUCUAACUUGACCCUUACUUUCAGUAUCAGCAGCAGAUCUAAUCUAAUGGUUUUUAAGAGUUGUAAUUAAUAGCCUGUUUUUGAGAUUAGAUCUGUUAAUUGUCCUCUUGUUUUUGUGUGGAUACGAGGAUUUUGUAUCUAGUUUAUUCAAAUAUCUAAGUAUUGGAGUACUGCAUUUUCAGUAGCUGAUAAGGAGGAUCAGGAAAAAUGAAGCACAAAGAUGGAAAACCUCAUCAAUCGGAUAAAAGUUCAUGGAAAGUCACAGUGCCAUUAACAGUUGUGGUGCUGUGUGGGCUUUUUUUCUACCUUGGAGGUAUUUUUUGCUCUGAAAGGGAGAGAUAUGUAGCUGAGCCUGUUAACAAGGCUGUCGACACUCCCACGGGAACUGCUACUGUACCUGUCCAGAUCAAAGCUGUUUCGUUUCCUGAAUGUAGUGCUGAGUAUCAGGACUAUACUCCAUGCACAGAUCCAAAGAGAUGGCACAAGUAUGGUCGCCAUCGUCUUGCUUUCUUGGAACGGCAUUGCCCUCCUAGUUUUGAAAGACAGGAAUGCUUGGUACCCCCACCAGAUGGCUAUAAAUCGCCUAUUAGAUGGCCAAAGAGCAAAGAUGAGUGUUGGUACAGGAAUGUUCCAUAUGAUUGGAUUAACAAACAAAAGUCCAAUCAACAUUGGCUUAAAAAAGAAGGGGAGAAGUUUCUCUUUCCUGGUGGUGGUACAAUGUUUCCUAAUGGAGUUGGUGCCUAUGUUGAUUUGAUGCAAGAUUUGAUUCCGCAAAUGAAAGAUGGGACAAUCCGAACUGCCAUUGAUACUGGAUGUGGGGUAGCAAGCUGGGGAGGUGAUUUACUGGAUCGUGGAAUUUUGACGGUCUCUCUUGCCCCAAGGGACAAUCACCAGGCUCAGGUUCAGUUUGCUCUGGAACGUGGAAUUCCUGCAAUUCUGGGCAUCAUUUCUACUCAGCGUCUUCCUUUCCCUUCAAACUCCUUUGAUAUGGCUCAUUGUUCAAGAUGCCUAAUUCCAUGGACCGAGUUCGGUGGAGUUUACCUUCUUGAGGUACAUCGUAUACUCCGACCUGGCGGUUUUUGGGUCCUCUCUGGUCCUCCAGUGAACUAUCAACGUCGUUGGAGAGGAUGGAAUACCACUAUUGAGGAGCAAAAAUCAGAUUACGAUAAGUUACAAGAACUACUAACUUCAAUGUGCUUCAAAUUAUUCAACAAGAAGGACGACAUUGCUGUGUGGCAGAAGUUGUCUGACAAUAGCUGCUAUAAGAAGCUUGAUAAUCCUGACAACUAUCCCUCAAAAUGUGAUGAUGGUACUGAACCUGAUUCAGCGUGGUACACCCCUCUUCGUCCUUGUGUAGUUGUUCCAAAUCCAGCUGCUAAGAAAGUCAAGUUGGAUGCCCUCCCCAAGUGGCCAGAAAGAUUGCACACUGCUCCUGAACGCGUUUCUGAUGUUCGUGGAGGUAGUGCUGGUUCCUUCAAGCAUGAUGAUGGUAAAUGGAAGGCUCGGGCAAAACACUACAAGAAGUUGCUCCCUGCACUUGGGACUGACAAGAUCAGAAAUGUAAUGGACAUGAACACCUUGUAUGGAGGUUUCGCUGCUGCUGUGGUCGAUGAUCCGUUGUGGGUCAUGAAUGUGGUUUCAUCUUACGCACCGAAUACACUUUCUGUGGUCUACGAUAGGGGUCUUAUUGGAACAAUUCAUGACUGGUGUGAGGCUUUCUCAACAUAUCCUCGGACAUACGAUCUUCUGCAUCUUGAUGGCCUCUUCUCUGCCGAAAGUCAUAGAUGUGAAAUGAAAUAUGUUCUUCUGGAAAUGGAUCGUAUUUUACGGCCCAAUGGUUAUGCUAUAAUCCGAGAAUCCAGCUAUUUCGUAGACACUAUUGCUACUAUGGCUAAGGGGAUGAGAUGGAGCUGUCGUAAGGAAGAAACGGAAUAUGGCGUAGAGAAGGAGAAGAUAUUGAUUUGCCAGAAGAAGUUAUGGUAUUCAAAGCAAAAUUCAUGAACAACUUUGAACAUCAUAGCAUAAAACACAGUUGCUGAUAAUGGAGAGAAAAAGUUAUAUAUUUAAUAUUGGCAUCAUAGGAGAUAAGUAAGUCCAUACAGCUCAUAUAUUAUAUAUUUGUUCAACAAAUCAUUGGAGAUUGAGAUUUUGAAUUGAAGAAUCAAUAGCCAAGAAUUAACCAUAUGCUAAUAUUAUGAUGGCUUGUUCAUGCAAUAUAUUCUUUGUUAAGGCCCAAAGUUUUUUCUUUGUGGAUCAGCUGGCUCUCGGAGAUUUCUCGAUUAUAAAAAACGGAGCGUUUUAAUCUUUGGUUGUAUUCUAUUUUUAUUUUAUUUUUUAGGAAAAAAGAACAUUGCAGCUCCUUAUGUACCUAGUUAGAUUUGUUCAUUUUGAGGACUUCUUGGAUGUAAUAAUAACUAAGCUCUAUUUUUAUUGUCAAAGUGCUUCUAUCUAGCUCAUGAAAA